AUGCUGGCGGCGCUGCAGGCGCGGCUCGGGUGGGCGCGCCUGGCGCUCCGCGGGGCCGCGCUGGGCCGCGCCCCGGGGCCGUCGUGCUGGAGCUGCGGCGCUCCGCUCCCCAGCACCGAUGGGCCGCCCCACUUCUGCCCCGGCUGCCAGGCUCUGCAGCCGCCGGCGCCGCGGCCUGACCUUUUCCGCCUGAUGGACUGCGACCGCUCCUUCCGCGUCGACCCGGGGCAGCUGCAGCGGCGGUUCCGGAGCCUGCAGCGCGCCGUGCACCCCGACCGCUUCGGCAAGAGGCCGCCGAAAGAGCAGCACUACUCUGAGCAACACUCUUCCCUGAUCAACAAGGCCUACCAGACUCUGCUGAACCCUCUGAGCCGAGGCCUCUAUCUACUGGAGCUGAAUGGAGUGGAGCCAGCAAAAGAGACAGACUGUGAUGCAGACUCAGCGUUCCUUAUGGAAGUCAUGGAAAUUAAUGAGAAAUUAGCAGAGUCCAAAAACAAGGACCUUGAAGAAGUUGAAACUUCCAUUAAAGUUAAACAAGAAGAACUGACCAGAGAGGUGACUGCAGCUUUUGAAAGAGAUGAUCUGCAAGAGGCCAAGAAGCUGCUAGGAAAAAUGAAGUAUUUUGCCAACUUAGAAGAUAAACUAAAGGCCAAGAAGAUCCCUUCCUGAUGUUGCCUUGUUAGCUAUUCAGAGUUAGUGUUAUUUUCAAUUAAACAAAUGGUUCUAUUAGCAAAAUCAAACCAAGGGUGUUUGUUUCCUAUACUUCCAUUAAAAGCUUUAAUUCUGAGAGGAGGAAAAUAAAUAGAAAAGAAAUCCCAUGCUUGCUGCAGCACUUGGGUAACAGAUGGCAUUUGGAAAUGCUUACAGCCAGGAAAGGUUGCACUGGGUAAGGUCAGCCACUGUCCUGGCAGUGGCAGGUGUGGAAACAAAUAUCAGAGAGGCACACAAACACCAGAUGUGAGAUUUCUUACUUCCUAACAUGUGAAGAAUUUACUUUAAGUUGAAAAAGAGUCCAUGAAAAAAUACUGGAGAGGGGGCAGAAGGCUCAUUCAACAUGUCUUCUAUAAUUUAAAGGUAAAAAGUAUUUAAUUCCUGUCAUCUGUCCUCUCUGCUACUUCAUGCUUUUGGGUAUGUAGAUCUCAGUCUGAUGGGAACUAACCUCCAAAACUAGAAUAAGUUUUACCCUGUUGCAUAGUUUAAAAUGUUAAGAUGCUAGGUUAGGGGAAAAAAUAAACCAAAUUGAAAGCCCAGGUAGUGUUAUAUCAGGAUAAAAGUUUUUAUUACAAAUACCAGCAAUCAGAGUGCUGUACUUUCAUUGCACAGUACAGUGGUAGGACUGGAUGAGGAAUGUCUUUAAGGCUUUCAAAGUUACAUAACUGGAAAAACAGAAACUAAAUACCACUAUUUCUAUAUAAACUGGAGUAUUUCAAAUAUCAGCUAUCAGUUCUUGUAUGGCUUUUAACAAGAACUCAGAAUAUUACACUCAGCAAAGCAUUUGGAUGUGCCCAAUGACCCAAGCUGAACACAGGGCUUUGAAAUGCAAGAGUUGCUGAAUUCUCUGCAGAAAUCUGCCAGAGGGGCUCACUGAACAUCCUCCCUGGCAUUUCUGCAUCCCUACAGCACCAGGUUACAGCUAAAGAUCAAGUUUGCUGUGGAUAAUAGAAUAAGUUGUCAAUAGUAUUGCAGCAAUACAUGUUUUAACAGCAGUGCUAACUUGCCUUUAGUUACACUUCCUCUAAAUACACAGGAAGAUUU